AUGGCAAUAUCAGAGGAUUCGAAGGCCGGGAUUUGUUAUAUAUGGGUCAUCUCUUCCCUUCUUUUGAUCUUCACAGUCUCAGGUGCAGUCUUCUUGGUGCUGUACAUGAUCCAGCCUGCAUACCUGGAUACUUCUUUGUACCCCGUUAUUGGCGGGUCUCUAGUUUGCUUCCCUUGGUUCUUUUGGUUCCUCACAUUGGUUUAUCGGAUUGUUUCUCGUGCUUGUGGGUUUAGGAUGUCUUGUUUUGGUUCCUCUGGUGCUGAUGAUCACCCUGAUGAUGCUGUUCCUUCUGGUGUGUCUGCUAGGAAUAGUAACGGGGAUGGUGUUAGUCCUAUUCCAAUUGUUAGUACAAGUAUUAGUAAUGGUGUCGUCGAUGGUGGAAAUGGUAGCAAUGUUGAUUUAGAAAAUGGGAGUGGGAACGAGAAUGUAAACAGAGCAUCUGGGGUGGUUGUACAGCCAGGAAGUCCUAGACGGGUUCAUUUUGGAGGGGUAGUAGUUUUAGGUGAGGAUGAUGGAGGUGUCCCUGAAAUCCAGGAAAGUCCUAAAUCAUUGUCGUCGUUGUCAUCAUCUUCUUCUUCUCCAUUGACGGACAGCAAUGAGAGCGAAAAACCUCUGAAAUUAUACAUGGCUUCUUGA